AUGGCCCCUACCAUCCGUCGUCUCCAAGUUGCCGUUUCCGGCCUUGGCCGCAUGGGCGCUCGUCACGCAAACCACUUCCUCCACCGAACCCCCAAGGCGGAGCUCGUUGCUGCUUUCUCUCCCGAGCCAAGGGAGAUUGAGUGGGCAAGGGAGCACCUUGAGCCAUGGGGCGUGAAGCUCUACACCGACUACGAUGAGAUGCUCAAGCACGAGGGUCUCGAGGCCGUCUGCGUCGCAACCGCCACCACGGUGCACGCUGAGCAGACCAUCAAGGCCAUUGAGGCCCACAAGCACGUCCUUUGCGAGAAGCCUCUGAGCACCAAGCACGAUAUUUUACGUACACCUCUAAUCGACCAUUCUCAAAAAGUUUUCGACACUGCCCGUCGCUACCCCGACGUCAAGGUCAUGUGCGGUUUCUCCCGCCGAUUCGACGCCUCCUACCGCAAUGCGUACGAGAUCACAAAGAAGGGUGACAUCGGAAGGCCCACCAUCCUUCGCUCGCAGACUUGCGACAAGUAUGACCCCUCCGGUUUCUUCGUUGCCUACGCCGAGUUCUCCGGCGGUAUCUUUGUGGACUGCAACAUCCACGAUAUCGACCUUGCCCUCUGGUUCUUCUCCAUUGAUGGCAACCUUCCCAAGGUCAAGAGUGUCGUCGCUUUCGGUGUCACCGCUCUCGAGCCUGACCUAGCCAAGCAUGGCGAUGUUGACAACGGUGUCGGUGUUGUUGAGUUCUUCGACGGACAGAUCGCAUACUUCUACAGCUCCCGCAUGAACGCACCUGGUCAGCACGACAUGACCGAGAUCAUCGGCACCACCGGCAAGCUCGCCGUCAACUCCAACCCUACCACUGGUCUCCUCGAGUCUCACAGGCCCGAUGGUAUCCAAAGGGACAUUCCCCAGAACUACUACGAGCGCUUCGAGCAGGCUUUCGUCGAGGAGGCACGUGAAUUCACCGAUGCCGUCCUUGAGAACAAGCAGCUCCCCAUUGAUCUCGAGAGCAGCGUCGAGGCUGUCCGCAUCGGUGUCGCUCUCCAGGAGUCGCUCAGGUCUGGAAAGAAGAUCUGGUUCGACCGCGAGGGUAAGCGUGUUGACCAGGAUGGCCAGGCAAAGGCCAGGUUGUAAGAAGUAUAUUCCCCCGAUUCGUUAUGCCCCUGAAGUUUACGACUCUUGAAACAUAUCAUAUAGAUAUCAGUUAGAUUUUAAUGUCAAAAGCAUUGUUAGAGCG